AUAAGUCAGUAAGUCGGUCUAUCAGUCGGCAGAGCGUAUGCCAUUCAAUUAUUCGUUAUCAAAAGUCUGUAUCAGUACAUCAACCAAUCAGUAAGUCAGUUAUUACGUCAGUCACCCGCUAAGUGAACAGGUACACCCGAAGUCUUAAAUAAGGUAACGAUAUACGUGCAGGCCAAUCAUAUCACCGAUUAAAGGGAAUUUCAACUGUCAAAUGAACUACAAAACCGAGUAAAGAAGAUUUCACCUUCCUUUGCUCUUAGGUAUCAAGAUGCCUUGCGAGAAAAACAGAUCAACUGUUGACCAGUGUCACAGGAAGUGUCGCUGUCAUGAUGGAGACCUUGUGUCUUGUUACAGAGUACGAAAACAAUUUACUGCCAUGAGCCCAACAGAGCGACAGCGCUUUAUUAACGCUUUCAAACUAGGUUCUUCUAGCCCUCAAUACCAAACCUAUUAUGAGGAUAUAGCCACGCUGCAUUCAAAAAUACCAAGCAAAUUUCUUCAUCACAUGCCUCAAAUAUUUCUUCCCUGGCAUAGAUGGUAUUUGAUGCAGUUUGAAAACUUUCUUCGUCAAAUUGAUUGUCGUAUAACAAUUCCUUUCUGGGACUGGACCGGAGAGUCAGAACACUGGACACAAGCGACAGUUUGGAGCCCAGGACCCGACGGUCUUGGGGGUAAUGGUAUAGCACCAAAUAACUGCGUUAUGAAUGGUCCAUUCCAACAAAAAGAAUUCCAAUUGCCUUGGUCUGCUGGUGGAGGCUGCAUUAAAAGAGAAUUUAACUUUUCUUGCUUUUUACCGAACUUGCAAAAAGUACGUGAUCUUAUCCAGCUUGAGAAUUUUACUCUCUUCGAACAUACAGUUCGUGAGCAAUUCCACACGACAUUCCAUGACUGUGUUGGAGGCAACAUGGCUCAUCAUUCCAAGGCUUCUUUUUCUCCGGAAUUUUGGCUUCUUCACAGUUUUCUUGAUAAACUUUGGACCGAUUGGCAGAAGAAGGGAGUGGCUUUCCAGUUCCAGUAUUACACCGAAAUCACUUUUACAAUGCCAGGUUCUGGACAGUUCCCCUGGGAGUUUCUUGAUCAAGAUAAUCUACCAGGAGGUGUACGAAUUGUGUAUGAAAACUCACCACCGUAAAGGUGGGAGGUGUGUACACACCAAAGGAGUCAUACUUAUUUUCAGAUCUAAGUAACCCAUUCACUUCUAUUUUUUCAAAUUUUAUUCCUGUUGGUUGGUCUGUCUUGAAAAAGCAACUUUAUUCCCAUUUCCUUGAGGGUGCUCGAAGGCUCCUCCUUUACAACUGUUAUGGUUUACAGGCGCCAAGCCUGGUAUGUCCGUGAUUGUUCUAGUUCCGCUUUCAGUAAUAUCUCUUAGUCACGACCAUCAUUUAUUGUUCGAAAGUAUCUUCGAGAUGCUGACAACCCAAGAAGACCACUAGACAAAUUGACUAAAUCGGUUCUAAUUUUCCUUCGGUCAAAAAAAUAAAAACCGACACAAAGGCUUUGAAAGAAAGAAUCAGACCACAUUAUGCUUUCGAGAGUAAAAUUCACCUUUAAGUUAAAUGUAAGGGAACAUGAAACAUUUCUUGAAAACGUGAAAACAAAUAGCCUUUACCGAAUGAGGAAUUUGUGUUUGGGUGCUGAUGGAUCCAUCUAUAGUCAGCCUCAAUAGCUGGUGGUUUCAAUUUUCAAAGACCAUUUUGAAGAAGGGAGAUAAAUUUUUGGAUGACCAAAUGUAUAUGAAAAUAUGGUAUAAAAAUAAAUUAGCCCCAAUCCCCAAUUUUUUUGUAGACAAAAUAUCAAAUUCAAUAUACAACAGCAAAAACCCACGAAUGAAAAUUGAGAGUUCGAUUUCAGGAGUACACAGCACAUGCCCCCUCUAAAGUACAGAUUUUUCCUUUCCACUCCUAAUCAAGAAGCCCAAGCUCAAAUCCCAGGUGGAGUCACUUGUUCAAUGCUGUGAUUCUGGGUAAGACUUCUUUGUCUUCCAGUACUUCUCUUCACCUUCAGUAAGGGGUGGGUAACAGACUAGCAUCCUUCUCAAUAGAGAUUAAAAUAUUCCUUGUAGCAGAAUGCCACCUAAACGAGGAAUAAAGCA